AGUCAAACCAAAUCAGAGGAGCUGACAUCACUUUGGGUAAAAGGAAGCCCCACACUGAUGGAACCAAGGAUCUAUGAAUGCCGUAGAGAACGGGAGAUCAUCUGACCCUGUGGACUGGGAUGUAAUAGAUGUUGUCAAUUAUUUCCGUACGGUGGGAUUCGCGGAACAAGCCAUUGCUUUUCAGGAACAGGAAAUUGAUGGAAAAUCCCUGCUGCUCAUGACAAGGAAUGAUGUGUUAACGGGACUUUCAUUAAAAUUGGGUCCUGCUCUGAAAAUCUACGAAUAUCAUGUAAAACCUCUGCAGACUCGGCAUUUAAAGAACAACUCCUAA